AUGAGUGAGGAACUACAAAACGUUGAUGGCACAAUAUAUCUUUCAGUGGCGGAUCUCCAGCUUCAUAAAAUCCCUGAAAGCCAGAUUGGUUAUGGACGAUGUAGAGCGGUGAAUGAGUUUGAAAAAUUGAAUCGUGUUGGUGAAGGUACAUACGGCAUUGUUUAUCGGGCGCGAGAUUCGAAAAGCGGACAAAUUGUUGCAUUGAAGAAGGUCCGUAUGGACGAGAAGAGUGAAGAGGAUGGGAUUUCGUUGUCGGCUAUGCGGGAAAUCCGUUUACUGUUAAGGCUUAGGCAUAAGAACAUAGUACGGCUCCAUGAAAUUGCUGUAGGGCAUCAUUUGACAUCUAUAUUCCUAGUUAUGGAAUACUGCACACAGGUAUCAAAUUUACUUUUAAAUGAUGAUGGCUGCCUGAAGGUUGCUGAUUUUGGUCUGGCACGUACAUUUGGAGACCCGUGUAACGAUAUGACGCCGAGAGUUGUCACUUUAUGGUAUCGCAGUCCUGAACUACUGUUUGGAGCUAGGGAACAAAGUACUGGUGUUGAUAUGUGGGCUGCUGGGUGCAUUUUUGGCGAGCUGCUCAUUCAUAGACCUCUCCUCCCGGGGAAGACUGAAAUAGAUCAAAUCAAUCGCAUCAUUGGAUUGCUUGGUACACCUACGGAAACAAUAUGGAAAGGUUUUGAUGAUUUGCCGGCAGUAAAAAAUAUUCAGUUAGUCCACCAGCCGUACAACAAACUUAAAAGUGUUUUUGACCGAUCUUCCUUGAGUUGUUUGCAACUGCUCAAUGCCCUUUUCACUUAUGACCCUCACCUGCGGAUAUCUGCAGAAACGGCUUUGAAAUCUAGGUACUUUGACGAACCUCCGUUGCCGUGUGAACCAAGUCUAAUGCCGUCUUUCCCUCAGCAUAGGAACAGAAAACGUAAAAAGAAAGAUGCGUCUUAG